CCGCUCCAUCCCCACUUUUAGGCAUUCCCUUCGUCACGCCUUUUUUUCUGCUAACCUAACCCUAGUACUGGAACGCCGAACAAAUUCGAAAGCUACUCUACGUUCCGCCGAUUACCUUCUCUCCAUCGUGCUUCCCACUCGAACCUACCACCGCAAUGGCAACCGCUACGGACAAACCAACCGCUGCUACCACCGGCGCCUCGGGGGACCAAAACCCUAAGAAGGCUGUUGACCCGGCACCAACUACCUUAGCGAAGUCAGAUCCGCCGAACGUCGCUGCACCAUCCGCUGUUUCGGAAGCCUUUCAAGAGGAAGGCGAGGGUGCAAAGAAAACCGUAUCUGCUGUAGGUUCAGUCGCUGCUAAUGAUAGCGCUCAAGCCUCCAACAUCCAGAGGAAGAUUCGCCGAGCGGAAAGGUUCGGGAUGCCAGUUCAGCUAUCGGAGGAAGAGAAGCGUAAUUCUCGUGCUGAAAGGUUUGGCACUGUGACCGCCUCAAAUGGAACGGAAGCAUUGAAGAAGUCAGAGGAAGAGAAGAAAUCAGAGGAAGAGAAGAGGAAGGCUAGAGCUGAGAGGUUUGGGCUUUCUGUACCAUCUACAGCUGCAGAUGAGGAAGCAAAAAGGAAAUCUCGGCUUGCCAGGUUUGCACCUUAUACCAAGACAGAUAAACAUGAAGAAGACAAAAGAAAAGCGAGGGCAAUCAGGUUUUCAAAUCCUACUCCAAGUUCUCUAGCUCAAGAGAAUGGCAAGGGAAACAUUGAGCCAAAGGCUGCUAUUGCAGGCAAUGCUGGUGGAAGUUCCUGAACCAAAGUUUCUAGUACUUGUAGUUAGGCCUAGAAAAUAGUUUUUGAUUCCCUCGGCAGCUUCUUCAGUGUCUUCUUUCCAACUUAAAAAAUCUUUUAUGCAGUACUUCUUCAUCCUCAUGCAGCACUAAACAGGUAAUUAGUAG